AUGGCGCACGACCCUCGGCUGCAGGACUGGUUCCGCGCCGUGGACAAGGAUGGCUCGGGACAGAUAUCGGCAACGGAGCUCGUGCAGGCGCUCGGGUCGGGUGGCCUGCAGAUCUCCCUGACGUUCGGAGGCUCCCUGAUUCGGCUGUUCGACAAGAGUAAUACGGGCAGGAUGGACUAUCAUGCGUUCUGCGAGUGCCAUAUGUGGAUCAUGUCGGUGCGGGAGCACUUCAUGCGCUUCGACACGGACGGGAGCAAGACGCUGGGGUUCAACGAGCUGCACCAGGCGGUCACCAGCGCGGGGUUCAACCUCGACAGCACGCCCUUCUACGAGCUGUGCAAGACCUUCGACCCCGACAGGACGGGCCACCUCUCGCUCACGUCCUACCUGGCCAUGUGCGCGCUGCUCAAGAGCGCGUCCAACGUGUUCAGGAGCUUCGAUCCGCAGGGCUCCGGCCGCAUCACGCUCUCUUUCGACCAGCUGAUCUACGUUGCGGCCCUCAUCCGCUGA